AUGGCGGCGCCACAAGAAGGUUAUCCGGGUCAAGGUUAUCCUCCCCAAGAUCCAUAUAGCCAAGGCCAACAGAGCCCAGCUCAACCCGGCUUUGGCACUGCAUCUCCACCUCCCCCAGCUGGACAACAGGAGCAUGAAGGAGGAAAGAAGAAGAAAAGAGGUUAUGCGGCGCAAGCCUAUGACUUCGGGGCUGGCGCGAACUCUGCGCUAGGUGGACAGUUGCAAGGAGGAGGACAAUUCCCAACUCAAGCACCUGCGUAUGGAGGAUUCCCACAGCAACCAGAGCCUCAGCCAGCAUAUGGCCAGCCGCAAUAUGGAGCUCAACCUGGCGCGCCUGUUCCUGGAGCUCCAGUUCCUGGUUAUGGCGCACCUGCGCCUGCGCCUGCGCCGUUUGCCGGCCCUGGAGGUUAUCAAGCUCCUGAUGUUGGAUAUCCAGGUCCUGGCGCACCUGGCUCUGGUGGUGUUGCUGGAAUUACUCAAGGGAUGGGCCAAAUGGGAAUGGGAGCACAACCGCCUGUCCAACCUCAACAAGGUGCUGCUCGGCCCGCUUUGUUGAAUCAAUUAUAUCCUACGGAUCUUCUGAAUCAGCCAUUCAAUGUCACAGAGCUCGAUUUACCCCCGCCGCCAAUUAUCCUCCCGCCAAAUUCGAGUGUUACAGCGUCUCCAGACUCAAACUGUCCCCCCAAAUAUGUCCGCUCGACUCUUAAUGCCGUCCCGACCACCAAUUCGCUGCUGAAGAAAUCAAAGCUUCCGUUUGCGCUCGUCAUCCAGCCGUAUACGUCUCUACAUGAUGUGGAUGAUCCUGUACCCGUUGUCCAGGACCAGAUUAUUUCUCGUUGUCGCCGGUGUCGGUCGUACAUAAAUCCCUACGUCACGUUCAUGGAUCACGGGCACCGCUGGAAGUGCAAUAUGUGCAAUCUUACAAAUGAUGUACCGCAAGCUUUUGAUUGGGAUGCAGCUGCACAGCAAAGUGUUGACCGUUCGCUACGGGCAGAGUUGAAUCACGCCGUGGUCGAGUUCGUCGCGCCUCAAGAAUAUAUGGUCCGCCCUCCGCAACCCCUCGUGUACCUUUUCCUCUUUGAUGUCAGCUAUGCUUCUGUAUCAUGUGGUCUCCUUGCUACCAGCGCGCGAACCAUUCUGGACAGUCUGAACCGGAUACCAAACGCAGACCGCAGAACGCGUGUAGGAUUCAUGGCUGUUGAUUCCGGCCUACACUAUUUUGCCGUUCCAAAAGACUCAGACGAGAAUGGCGAGACCCAAAUGCUUGUGGUUAGCGACCUCGAGGAGCCAUUCCUACCGAUCCCGCAGGAACUGCUUGUUCCAUUAUCGGAGAGCCGCCUGAGCGUCGAAAAAUUCUUAACUUCCCUCCCAGAAAUGUUCCAGAACAACCAGAACAAUGGCUCUUGCAUGGGCUCUGCUUUGAGAGCUGGACACAAACUCAUCUCUCCACUUGGCGGCAAAAUUGUUGUCAUCACAGCAUCAUUGCCCAAUGUCGGGCAUGGCAAGCUGGAGAUGCGUGAGGACAAGAAGCUCCUAGGGACUUCAAAAGAGGGCGCUUUACUCCAGACCGCUAACAGCUUCUACAAGAGCUUUGCGGUGGAAUGUUCCAAGAAUCAAGUGUCCAUCGAUAUGUUCCUCUUUUCAUCGCAGUACCAGGAUGUGGCAUCGCUCAGUAACCUGCCAAGAUACACUGGAGGCCAAACCUACUUUUAUCCCGGCUGGAACGCUGGAAGGAGUGAAGAUGCGAUCAAGUUUGCGACAGAGUUUAGUGAUUACCUGUCGGCUGAGAUUGGACUUGAAGCCGUCCUGCGUGUCCGUGCUACCACAGGCCUUCGCAUGAGUACAUUCUAUGGUAACUUCUUUAACCGAAGUUCCGAUCUUUGCGCCUUCCCUGCCUUCCCGAGAGACCAGAGUUAUGUGGUUGAAGUAGCUAUUGAUGAGAGCUUGACGAAGAACUUUGUUUGCAUGCAAACCGCUGUUCUCCACACGACAUGCAAUGGGGAGAGACGUAUCCGGGUUAUGACCCUCUCACUUCCUACCACAAGCAACCUUGCGGAUGUCUAUGCUUCAGCUGAUCAAUGCGCCGUUACGACAUUCUUCAGCCACAAGGCUGUGGAGCGAGCACUAAGUAGCGGUCUCGAACCUGCCAGAGACGCGCUUCAAUCGAAACUUAUUGAGCUUCUUUCGACGUUCAAGAAAGAACUUGCCGGUGGGAAUAUGGGAGGCGGCGGCUUGCAAUUCCCUGCAAACCUUCGCGGCUUGCCGGUGUUGUUCCUGGGACUAAUCAAGAAUGUCGGACUUCGAAAAUCGGCCCAAAUCCCAUCGGAUCUUCGAUCAGCGGCUCUGUGCCUACUCUCGACUCUUCCCAUGCCCCUCCUGAUGCAAUACAUCUACCCACGGCUCUACUCGCUCCACGACAUGCCAGACAAUGCUGGUACUAUCGACCCAGAAACGAGCCAGAUUGUUCUCCCCACUCCAGUCAAUCUCUCCUCAGAGCGCCUGACUCCCUUCGGUCUCUAUCUUAUCGAUGACGGCCAAACGCAAUUCCUCUGGGUGGGCCGCGACGCAGUUCCACAACUACUCGCAGACGUCUUUGACAUCACGGACCGAACCCAGCUUAAGGUCGGCAAAAGCUCCCUACCGGAACUUGACAACGAUUUCAGCGAACGCGUCCGUGCAGUGGUCCAUAAGAGUCGCGAUUAUAGAUCCCGUGGGGUUGGUAGCAUCGUCGUGCCGCACCUGUAUGUCAUCCGGGAAGACGGCGAUCCUAGCUUGAAGUUGUGGGCGCAGACGCUCUUGGUUGAGGAUCGUGCGGACCAGGGCAUGAGUUUCCAGCAGUGGAUGGGAACACUAAGGGAGAAGCGGUGA